AUGGCGCGAUCGAAGCAACCAGUCUGCAACCACCCAUCCCGGCGUUCUCUUCACCGGCGAAAGACUGCCGCCGCUUCCACCGCUGUGCCAUCGACGACCGCGCCUGUUGCAACCUCGUCGGCCGAACCAUCUUCAUCGGCGACGGGAGGAUCCUCCACCGCUAGUGCCAUCACCGCGAGCACGAUUGCCGCCUUCYGCGACCCCACUCCGGCGACUGUAAGUCCUUCUCUUCCUCCAUUUUCAUCCACACGACACUCAACCCCAACCACCACCGUACUCUCUAUUGAUGAUGAUGGUAUGGAUGUCCUAACAAGGGUGGCUCUAUCAUCUCAUUUGGGCGAAUCAUCCUCAACCCCUAAACCAUUUUCCAUUUCAUUAAGUACCCCAUUUGCCCCUCCCACGAUUGCACCCUCAAGACCCAUUUCUACUCCCAUCCCAAGUGAUGAGGAACCAACCCUAGCCCCUCCACCCACGACUUCCCCAAAUCACUCAUGGUUUGAUUUGAACCAAAUGGGGGAGGGUGAGGAUGAAGGCUUGGACGAUAUCACAUUUGAUUUUGAAGGUAUACCGGAGGGAGGACAAACCGAAACUUACCCAUUUGAGACACCAUCAACUUUUGGUGCCGGUAAAACGCCCGAUCAAACCCCCGUCACAGUCCCUACUGUUGAAAGGAG